AUGGAUUCUCCAGAUUGUCUGCUAAUUUAUGGAUUUCGGUGGUGGGAUGACAACAUUGCUUGUGUGUUUCUGGAUUUGGUUCGCUCACGGUCGGAAUCGCAGCACGGGUGUGUUAUGGACGUGUCCCCCGAUGGGACUAAGUUUUGGACGCCUUCGUGUGAUGCGACGGUUAGGCCUUUUCAGGGGCAGACUUUUCCUUCUCUCGCUCACGGUAUUGAUUUUUAUCGUCAGUAUGCGUCGCUCGUUGGUUUUGAUGUACGUUGUAGUUCGUUGCGUAGGAAUAGGCAGGGUGUUGCUGUGAAAGACUUGUUGGUUUGUUCGCGUGAGGGGUUCAAGCAGGCGGUGCAGGGCUCUGUUGUUGUGGAUGCUGCGUUGGAUCAAGCACCUGUGGCUCCGAAGCGCCGGCGUGUUUCAAAUAGGGUGGGGUGCAGAGCGAGGUUGGUGUUGAAGAUGGGUGACGAUGGGGUUUUUGUGGUUCAUUUCAUUGAGCUACGGCAUAAUCAUUGUUUGUGCUCGGAUGUGGCUAAGCCUUUCUUGCGGGGUAAUCGUUCCAUGGAUGUGCAACAUCAGAUUUUUGUGCUUAAGUGUGCUAGGGCCAACGUUGGGCCCAAUAGGUCGUUUCGUUUGGCUAGGGAGUUUGCUGGGUCGUAUUCAAAUGUUGGUGCGACAUGUGUCGAUUUUAAAAAUUUGAAGCGUGAUUUAAUGGCAUUUAUUGGAACGUCAGAUGCUCAUAUUGUUGUGAAAAAAUAUGCUAAGAAGGUAGAUGAUUGCCCGGAUUAUGUCUUUAGAUAUGAUGUUGAUUCUCAGGAUCAGUUAUGUAGGGCUUUUUGGACUGACCCUAUUGCGAAGGAAAAUUUUUCAGCUUUUGGAGAGGUGGUGUCGUUUGAUGCAACUUAUGGGACUAAUAGGUAUGGUAUGGUGUUGGUCCCGUUUACUGGUGUUGAUAAUCACAAGAGAGGUGUCACAUUUGCAAUGGGGUUGAUUUCCCGUGAAGAUGUGGACUCUUACGUGUGGCUUCUCCAGCAAUUUAAAAGUGCAAUGGGUUGUGUGCCUAGUUGCACUAUCACUGAUCAAGAUCCUUCGAUGCGGGUUGCAGUCCCUCAGGUGUUUGAUACUACGCGGCACAGGUUUUGUAUGUGGCAUAUUAUGUCAAAGGUUGGCGAGAAGGUUGGUAAUGUUCUAUCUAAAGAUGAAGAGUUUCGGCGCGCGUUGAAUGAUGUUGUUUGGUGUGAGAUGUCGUCUGUGGAGGAGUUUGAGCGGGGUUGGCAGGACGUUAUGAAAAAGUAUAGCCUUGGUGACCACCGAUGGUUUCGUCUUAUGUAUGAUCUGAGAUCGUAUUGGAUCCCUGCGUAUUUUAAUGAUAUUUUCAUGGGUGGAUUGCUUCGCACGACAUCGAGGUUCGAAGCUGCGAAUAGUGUGUUUGGUAGUUGCACAAACCAGCAUGCUAGUUUGUCUGAGUUGUUCAACAAUUUUGAAGGGGCUAUUGAUGCUCAACGUUUGGCGCAGGCCAAACUAAAUGCCGAGUGUGAGGGUCAUUUUCCUUUGUGCCAGACUCCGAUGUUGAUUAAGAAGCAUGCGGCUGCGGUGUACACUAUUAAUGUUUUUUAUGAUGUGCAAGCCGAGGUUAUCGCGGGAUCUUUUUCGUGUCGUGCUGUGCGUUCAAAUGUUGAAGGGCUGGUAACCCGGUAUGAGGUUGAAGAUGAUGAUGGCCCAGUGUUGGGUGUUCAACGUGGUGGCGAUUCGGAGGUAGAUGUCGCAAUUGGUGAAGCUUGGGCAGAAUUUUUUUCGUGCGUGACCAUGGCUUCACGGAGUGUUGAGCAUGUUACCAAGUUGAAUGCAGCCCUAAAAGAUUUCAAUGCUUUUUUAUUGGCUGAGAAUGGUCCUACCGUUCGUGCUUCUUCUUCUAAGAAGCAACUUUUUGAGUCGUUUUGCGGUGCUUCGCCAGAUGGUCAGAUAGGAUGGUCGUGGUACUCUUUUAUUCCGUUUUCAUUUAUUCAGUAA